AUGAUUUCUCCCGUCAGCACGAACGACACUCAAUUUUGCCGUGUGCAUGGUUGGUGUAAUUAUGCAAUUGCCUUAAUGAACUCGAAUCUUGCGCUGAACGGUAAUACUAUACGUUUUGGAGCCAGCGGCCGUAAUAAGACUAACGAUCUUGUGGAUGGAUUCAAGACUGCCAAUAUGUCAACUACAUACUCCAGCCACGACUGUAUCAUGAACAGCGCCCUUGACUUCCUUGUCUACCUGUUCGUGCCAGGGAAACUAUUGCGUUCAUAUUCGGAUUCACUGCAUUACGAUGCAAACUUGUCCGCCUGA